CCGCCCUUCUCGCAACUGUUCUCGGACGCUCUGCAGAGCUUCUCUACUUGCGUUGCUGCGUUGAGCGUUAGCAGCCAGCAAACUUUACCACUCAGAAAUGGACGCAGCGAAAGGAAGUCCAGGUCUAAAUCCUCCACUACGGCAGCCAAGUGGAGCUCGGGGAAAACCUAUCUAUCUCAACACAAAUUACUUCCCUAUCAAAACGAAGGCGGAAGUCAACCUAGUCCAGUAUGAUGUUUGUAUCAUGCAACAGACCAAGAGUGAUCUUAAGAUCGGGAAGAAGGAAAAUGUGUCAUCCUUGCUUUGGAGGAAGAUGAUGACGAUCCUGUGUCGUGCACUGUCCAGAUUUCUCUAGGUAUAUCCAGAAAACUUCGGGAACUAAUGGAGUCUCUCAAUUGCACUGAUAUUCAUAAAAAGAUUCCCAGUACGAUCUUUCGGAUGUUGGAUACCAUGCUACGUUACCGUCGAUCGCUCAGAUACGAGGCAGUAGGAAAGAAGAGAUUUUUCUCUGUAAAUAGAGAAAUCAACCAUCCGAUUGAUAUUGGUCCAGCUGUGCAAGGUGUCGCAGGGUUCUUCAGUAGUAUGAAAGCCAGUGCUCAUGAAAAGGGAUCCAUCAUGAUCAACAUAGACCUGGCUCAUACGACUUUCUACAAGGAACAACCUUUGUUGGAUUUUAUAAAGAAUGUUCUUCAUGUGGAAAGAAAAGACCUGAAUGCUCCGCUAGACACCGAAAUAAGGAAGCGAUUGGAAUGUGGGCUUGUAGAUUUGCGAGUUGAGACGACACACAUACCUCGCACCUAUAGGAUUAUUGGGCUUGGUAUGCAUGGGCCAGAUCGCCAAAAGUUUCCAUGGAAUAAUAAGGAGAGUGGUAAAAUUGAGCAACGCACUGUUCAAGAUUAUUUUAAUAAGGAGUAUAACAAAUCAAUCAAAUACCCUAAACUCAUCUGUAUACAGGCAUAUCCUGAGGAAAAAAACAUCUAUCUACCAUUGGAGUACUGUGUUGUCGCACGUGGCCAACGUUCAUUUGGAAACCUCAGCAACAAUGAAGCGGGAAAUUUUAUCCGCUCAUCCGCAAUUCCACCGGGAAGACGUCUUGAACAAAUAAAAAAAAUUUACAAUGACAAUGAGUUUGCAAAAGAUGAGAUGAUUGCCAGCUUAAAGUUUGAGGUGGCAAAAUCUCCUUUUACUGUUACUGGGCGUGUUUUAUCGCCACCUAAACUGAGGAUGGGACAAGUUGUGCAGCCUAAAACGGGUGAGUGGGACACCCGUAGAGAGAAGUUUUAUCUUGGAGCAGCAGUGAAUACAUGGGCUGUCAUAGACUACACCUCUACAUGGGAAGGAUCUUUGGAAAAAUAUAUACGGAACCUACGCUCUCUCGGAGAUCGAAAAGGCAUGGUCUUUAAAUCACCGGUCAUUGUAACAAAAGGGAAUAGAAAGAAUGUGACACAACAGUUUCAGAACCUAAAGAAAAAAUUCCCUGAAAUUCAGAUGAUACUGGUAGUACUGGAAGAAGCAGAUCCACUGUAUUCCUGUAUUAAAACCGUAGGAGACUUGGAGAUCAGGGUCAUUACCCAGUGUGUGAAGAAGAGGUGUGUCGAAGAAUGCAGAUUCGUAACCAUUGGCAACCUACUCUUCAAGAUUAACGCUAAGAUGGGGGGCAUCAACACUACUGGAGUCGUAGACCAAAACUGAUGGAACAACUCCUGAUGGUAAUGGGCGCUGAUGUCAAUCACCCGUCGGCUGGGGAUGCCAGGACACCCUCCAUGGCAGCUGUAGUUGCAUCCAUUGAUAAGUAUGUUAGUAAAUACGCCGUCGAAGUGAGGCCUCAGAAACAUCGAAAUGAGAUCAUCCAUGAGUUCAAGGAAAUGACGAAGAACCUUCUGAAAUCGUUCUGCGAGGCCCUAAACAACUGUAAACCAAAACGCAUCAUUGUUUAUCGAGACGGUGUAAGUGACAUUCAGUUCAGUCAGGUUCUUCAGCACGAGUUGCUAGCGAUUCGUGAAGCA